GGUGCGGGCCCAGCCGAGGCGCGCCGUCGCUAGGAGACGUGCCCGCGUAACACCGCCCCGCGGGGGUGGUGACGUCAGGGACGGGAGCCGCAGCGGAUCAGCUGGUGGCGGCUGCUGCGGGUCCGGGCUUCGCGGGGGCUGCGGCAGAGACCGCGGCGGAGCCGGCGCCGCCAUGGGGGAGCUGUUCCGCAGCGAGGAGAUGACCCUGGCCCAGCUCUUUCUCCAGUCCGAGGCCGCGUACUGCUGUGUCAGCGAGCUGGGCGAGCUGGGGAAGGUCCAGUUCCGCGACCUGAACCCGGACGUGAACGUGUUCCAGCGUAAAUUCGUUAAUGAAGUCAGGAGGUGCGAAGAAAUGGACCGAAAGCUAAGGUUUGUUGAAAAGGAGAUUAAAAAGGCAAAUAUUCCUAUCAUGGACACUGGUGAAAACCCGGAGGUGCCUUUUCCACGUGACAUGAUUGACUUGGAGGCAAACUUUGAGAAAAUUGAAAAUGAGCUUAAAGAAAUCAACACAAACCAGGAAGCUCUGAAGAGAAACUUCUUGGAGCUGACAGAAUUAAAAUUUAUACUGCGUAAAACUCAGCAAUUUUUUGAUGAGGCUGAAUUGCAUCAUCAGCAGAUGGCGGAUCCAGACCUGUUGGAGGAAUCCUCUUCACUCCUGGAACCAAGCGAGAUGGGAAGAGGUGCCCCGCUCCGACUUGGGUUUGUGGCUGGUGUGAUCAACCGUGAGCGAAUCCCCAUGUUUGAGCGCAUGCUGUGGCGAGUGUGCCGAGGGAACGUAUUCCUGCGUCAAGCAGAAAUUGAAAACCCUCUGGAGGAUCCUGUAACGGGGGAUUAUGUGCACAAGUCUGUGUUUAUCAUCUUUUUCCAAGGUGACCAGCUGAAGAACAGAGUCAAGAAGAUAUGUGAAGGAUUCCGUGCCUCCCUCUACCCAUGCCCAGAAACACCACAGGAGCGGAAGGAAAUGGCUUCUGGUGUCAAUACCAGAAUUGAUGAUCUUCAGAUGGUGCUGAACCAAACAGAGGAUCAUCGCCAAAGGGUUUUGCAGGCAGCCGCUAAAAAUAUCCGUGUCUGGUUCAUCAAAGUACGCAAGAUGAAGGCCAUCUACCAUACCCUGAAUCUGUGCAAUAUUGAUGUGACACAGAAGUGCUUGAUUGCUGAAGUCUGGUGUCCUGUUGCUGACCUUGAUUCUAUCCAGUUUGCUCUCAGGAGAGGGACUGAGCACAGCGGAUCCACUGUCCCAUCUAUUUUAAACAGGAUGCAAACCAACCAGACCCCACCAACAUACAACAAAACUAACAAGUUUACUUCUGGCUUUCAAAACAUUGUUGAUGCUUAUGGCAUUGGAACAUAUCGGGAGAUAAAUCCAGCACCAUAUACGAUCAUUACCUUCCCGUUUCUGUUUGCUGUGAUGUUUGGAGAUUUUGGCCACGGAAUCCUGAUGACUCUGAUUGCUGUCUGGAUGGUGCUUAGGGAAAGUCGUAUUCUGUCACAGAAGAGUGACAAUGAGAUGUUCAACAUGGUUUUUAGUGGUCGCUACAUCAUUCUGCUGAUGGGACUGUUCUCCACUUACACAGGCCUCAUCUACAAUGACUGCUUCUCCAAGUCUCUUAAUAUGUUCGGUUCAUCAUGGAGUGUCCGGCCCAUGUUUUCAAAAGGCAAUUGGUCAGAUGCCUUGCUUGAGACUACUCCUCUGCUUCAGCUGAACCCUGCUAUUCCAGGGGUGUUCGGUGGACCCUACCCCUUUGGCAUUGACCCCAUUUGGAAUAUUGCCAGCAAUAAGCUGGCCUUCCUCAAUUCGUUUAAGAUGAAAAUGUCUGUGAUUCUUGGCAUUAUCCACAUGCUCUUCGGUGUCACGUUGAGUCUUCUCAACCACAUCUAUUUUAAGAAGCCACUGAACAUAUACCUUGGAUUUAUUCCAGAAAUGAUUUUCAUGUCAUCACUGUUUGGAUACCUUGUUAUUCUCAUUUUCUACAAAUGGACAGCCUACGAUGCUCACACAUCAAAGGAUGCACCAAGCCUUUUAAUACACUUUAUCAACAUGUUUCUCUUCUCCUAUGGUGAUACAAGUAAUAAGAUGCUUUAUAAAGGGCAGCAAGGGCUCCAGUGUUUCCUCGUGGUGGUGGCGUUACUGUGUGUGCCGUGGAUGCUGGUAGCUAAACCCCUGGUCCUUCGCCAUCAGUAUUUGAGGAGAAAGCACUUGGAAGGGCAACCCGUGGAGGCCCAAGUCAGCACAGUCCCGAACGAGCAGGCACUAGAGGCAGCAGCGGCUGCAACAGGAACGCACAACUUUGGUGGGAUCCGGGUGGGCAAUGGACCAACUGAGGAGGAUGCUGAGAUCAUUCAACAUGACCAGUUGUCCACCCACUCCGAGGAGGGGGAAGAGCCUACAGAGGAUGAGGUGUUUGACUUCGGCGAUACUGUGGUGUACCAGGCUAUCCACACCAUUGAAUAUUGCCUGGGGUGCAUUUCAAACACUGCAUCCUACCUGAGGCUCUGGGCUCUCAGCUUAGCCCAUGCACAGCUCUCGGAGGUGCUCUGGACCAUGGUGAUCCACGUCGGCCUCAGCGUGAGGAGUCUGGGUGGAGGCUUUGGCCUCUUCUUCAUAUUUGCUGCUUUCGCUACUCUGACAGUAGCGAUUCUCCUGGUCAUGGAAGGGCUGUCUGCUUUUCUCCAUGCUCUCCGCUUGCACUGGAUUGAAUUCCAGAACAAGUUCUACACUGGCACAGGAUUCAAGUUUCUCCCUUUCUCCUUUGAUACCAUCCGUGAGGGCAGGUUUGACGACUAAAGAUCCCUCCGCUCGACCAGAGUUAGACGUCAUGUGUUUAUGGCUAGCUCUCUCCCAUGUGUCUGAGUUGCAUGUAAUCCUCCCAUAGUGAAAAUAACUUAUUGCAGCACACUCGAGUGUUACUGGGGCGUUUCGAAGCCAAGAGCUUUUACAUUCUCGGGUAAUGAGUGACACUGGAUCAAAAAACCCCUUUUCGUUCCUUAAGUUUACCACUGAAGAUACUAAGUGCAUGAAGUGUCUGAGUUUGGCGUGUAAUAGUGUACUUCUCGUGUUGUGAAUUCCCUGGCAAGCUUAUCAGGGCAGUGUGAGAGAAAUGCAGCUCUGCCUGAGCGGGCGUACCAGCACAAGGAGAAAAGGUGUAACAACUUCAGCUUGCACAAAGCUUGCUGCUAAGUAAAAAGUUCUUUUCAGAAAGUUUUACAGCUGGAUCCUAUGUGUCUCUGCCUCUGAUUAAACAAAUGAUGAGCAGUGGGCAGUUGACAAUCCAGGGCAUGCUUCUCCUGCCUCUAGGGCUUCCACGUGUGCCGUGUUUUAAUCUGACAAAACCAAGGGACUCAGCCUCAGCUAAGUGUGUGCUGGCUCUGUUUGCUCUAGUGAUGGGGAAACACCUUGUCCUUGCAGAAAAGGCUGUUCCUGUCCUCCCCGGAGAAUAGCUGCUCCUUUAACUGUGCACCUGCACGCUCGUAUCCCAGGCAGAGCCCUCUGCCCAGCAGCGAGGGCCCGUUCACCUCCUGUUUCUGGAGGUGGUGGUGAGAACAGGGGGCUUGGGCACAGAGGGCUUUGCUGCCUUGUGCUGGCCUGGGGCAAGAUGGAGGAGGGACGAGCCGCGGUGCAAACUGUCAUCUUGGGUGCUGACUGCUGGCAGCAGAACUUCUUGGGUUUCUUGUUUAAAAACAAAGCCUCGAGGCUGCAGAGUCCUAGAGGCACAUCCAGAUAAUGCCUGUGCAGGCUUGGCAUCAGCGGGGGCAGCUUUUGCGAAGGUGGAGGUACCAGUGACACAACAUCACGUUUGCUCGGGGUCUAAGGAGCUUUUUAAGGGAGAACAGAGGCUGAGUCUUGCCAAAAGAGUCCCAUGGCAGUGGAGUCUGGGUGGGAUUUCCCCAGGGUAGCUGUUGCUUUUUCUCCUGUGCAAGAUGUGAAUAAUUUCUUGCCCUCCUCGACUCGAUGUAGCUGUAGGAGCAGUGGAGGGGUGUGUUAGUGUUGUGUGUAACUGUCCUGUUUAAUUGUCUCAGUGGAUCUGAAGUAUUUGUGUAUGGAUUAGAACAAUAACGAGAAUCAUUGUAACCUGGAAUUGAAGAGGAAACGCUACGUAGUGCAGGGCUGUUUAAAAUUACGUGAGAAAGGGGUGUGUGCGCACUGCACACCACAACGAGUGCACGCACGGAGCACGGGGAUCCUUGUGCUGCACAUGGGCAGCUUCUGGGUAACCACUGUGUUUACAGGUAGACGUGGCCAUAUGUUUACAAUGAUGUCUACAGAAAGAAAGAUGAAAUCAAAAUGCGUCUGCGUGAGGAGCAGUGACACCAGUCCUGCUGCCCAGGUAGAAUGUGUUGCUGGCAGUCACUGUGUAAAUUAAACUAACUGCACAACAA